AUGUCCCUCAGCAAAGUCCCCUACCCUUUCCAAUUCGAUACCCCAGCCAACCCCACAGGGCCCCAAGAUGGCACAACCACAAACAUCCAAAUAAGCAUCUCAAACGCCCGCGGACGCAUCCCCUCACAACAAGCAUCCCGCCUCCGAACAAUGUUCCAAGAAGCCCACGCCGACCCAACAAAGAUCAUCGCCCACGCAUGCACAUACGACGGGCUCUCCUCCCGCCUCGUCGAAGAAGCCGGCUUCCCCAUGAUCUUCCUAUCCGGGUACGCCGUCGCCAGCACGCACGGCCUCCCAGACACAGGCUACACAGCCAUGGCAGAGAUGUGCGACAAAAUCCAAGAGAGCUUCCGACAAGUCUCCGUGCCGAUAAUGGCAGAUGGUGAUACAGGAUACGGGAGCCCGAUGAACGUCAAGCGGACGGUCGAGUGCUUCGCUGCGGCCGGGGCAGCGGGCGUGAUGAUCGAGGACCAGCAGUGGCCAAAACGAUGCGGACACACGAAGGGGAAGAGCGUGGUCUCUCGCGAAGAGGCGUAUGCCCGUAUGCAGGCUGCUUGCGAUGCGCGGAACGAAGGCCGGGAUAUCUUUAUCCUUGCAAGGACUGAUGCGCUGAUGCAUGGGUGGGAGGAGGCGAUGGCGCGCGCGCAGGAGUUCAAGCGGAUUGGUGCAGAUGCGAUUUUUGUCGAGGCGCUGCCGGAUCGGGAGGCGAUGAAGCGCGCUGUUGAGGAGUUGGAUAUUCCUGUUUUGGCGAAUAUUAUUGAGGGGGGCAAGACGGAGAAUCUGUCUGCUAAGGAGCUGGGAGAGCUUGGGUUUAGUGCUGUGGCUUAUCCUUGGACUUUGGUCGCUGCGCAUCUUAAGGGUAUUCGGGAUGCUUUGGAUAAUUUGAAGAAGAGUAUGACUGUUGGGGCGCCGCCGAUGAUUUUGUCCUAUGAUGAGGUUUGUGAAGGUGUUGGGUUCAACAAAUACUGGGAGCGAGAGGGGAAAUACAAGUUCAACUGA